AUGGGAGCACUUUUAGACACACCAAGGACGGAAAAGUUCAAUGAGUCUGGCGAAGGAAACAAUCUUCGAUAUGGCCUCUCCAGCAUGCAAGGGUGGCGCGUUUCCAUGGAAGAUGCCCACUGCGCCAUAACUCAACUUCCUGGUAACCUAAAAGAUUGGUCAUUUUUUGCUGUAUUCGAUGGACACGCUGGGGCUCUCAUCUCGGAAAGAUUAUCUGCCACAUGUGUCACGCAACUAUUUAAUUACGAAAUUGGUAAAUCGAGUAAUUCACAAAUGUACACCAUCACCGAGGUACGCCAGGGCAUCCGUGAGGGCUUUCUAGCGCUGGAUGAAGACCUCCACAAGUCGGGCUCCACCGCUGUGUGCGUCCUCAUCACCCCUAACCACAUCUUCUUUGUUAACUGUGGCGACUCCCGGGCAAUGCUGAUACGAGACGGUGAGGUUGGCUUCGCCACCACCGACCACAAGCCCGCGCACCCCACAGAAAAGGAGCGCAUUCAGAAUGCCGGUGGCUCCGUAAUUGUCCAACGCGUCAACGGUUCAUUAGCUGUCUCAAGGUUCGCUUUGUCUCUGGGCGACUAUUCGUACAAAACCGUGCGUGGUCUGGGUCCCACACAGCAGCUCAUCUCGCCAGAACCCGAAAUAACCGUGAUUGACAGACAAAAAGACCGCGAUCAGCUGAUUGUUCUAGCCUGUGACGGCGUGUGGGAUGUAAUGAGCAACGAGGAUCUCUGCCAGGUGGUCGGUGAGCGGAUGCGCUGCGUGGACGACUUGUCGCGGGUGUGCGAUGAGGUCAUCGACUAUUGCCUCUACAGGGGAAGUUCCGACAACAUGAGCAUCGUCCUGGUUGCCUUUGAGCCAGCACCGAAAGUGGACGCCGAGCUCCAGGCGAGCGACAAGCGCCUUGAGCAGACAAUCGAACAGAUGACAAAUGGUGCGUGUCGUGGGCCUGCUUUUUUUUCUUUCUGCUUUGUGUUUACAUUUUCGUUGGUGUUACAAUUCGUGUGUGUGUGUGUGCGUGUGUGUUCAAUUCUCACUACUUCCAUAGAUCACCAAACUGAUCAGUGGCGUUGUGAAUCGUGUCCAGGACUAGGCGUUUGCAGUUAA